UGACGUCACUUAGAGUUUUGAACGAGCCAGUGGAAUGCCGAAGAGGAGUGUGUCCGGAAGAAAAGCUCUGAAAGGGCUGUCUGCCCCCCGGCGAUGAUGCAAAACAUUAACAUUUUAAGUAAAUCAUUUUGAAAACUUACCCUUUUCGAUUUCACAUGAGAAGAGCGAUGAAGACGCCAUCCUCCUCACCGCCGAUACACGUGCACGUGGCGGAGAGCACGCCUGUGCACGUGCACGUGAAGAAAUGCCAGAAGAGCGGCUCCGCCAGGACGCCACAGAAGAGCGUCCAGGAGCCGAAGAUGCGGGCGGAGGCGGGGAAUCUUCGGCCCACCGCGCAAGUGAAGACGCGCGUGCCCUGGGUCCCUCCCGGCAAGACCUCCACUCGCGAUGCCCUGUACAAGUGGGAGGGUCCAACGCACCGGCUGGAGAUCACGCCAGUGCCAGAGCCAGAACCCGCCCAAUCAGCUGCGCUGCGAUUGUCUGACCUCUCCACUGAGGAGGGGGAGGUGCUACAGGGCAGGAUCAACCAGUACGAGAGGAAGAUUGACAGCCUGAUGACCGAGGUCAGCUCCCUGAAGAGCGAGGUGAAGCUGCAGAAGAAGGAGCAGCUCUUGGAGCGGCAGUCCGAGCAGCUGAAUGCGUCCCAGCGCCUCAUCGCCGAGCAGGAGGAGGAGCUGGCCGAGGUCACCAAGGAGCUGGAGGUGACGGAGCGCGAGAACUCCAGGCUCCGCCUCUCCAUGGAGAAGAUGCAGGAGGAGACCGACUACAGCAGGCUGGAGAAGGAGGCCCUGGUGCAGGAGAAGGACGCCCUCUUGAGGAAGCUGCUGGAAGUGGAGGUGGACGGGGCGGCGGCCUCCAGGCAGGUCUCCGCCCUGCGGGAGGCCGUGGGCAGGGUGAGGACUGAGAGGCAGUUAUCAGGGACGGACUCCACACAGCUGUCCCAUCAGAAGGAGCUCCUGCUGCAGAAGUUGGAGACCUUCGAGGAAACGAACCGCGCACUGCGCCAUCUCCUGAAGGAGCAGCACGGGCGCGAGGUCGAGGCGUUGCGGCUGUCGGAGCAGAAGGACGUCAUCCUGAAGAAGCUGGCAGACACAGAGGCAGAGAACACACUGCUGGUGGUGAGGUUGCAGGACAGAGAGAAGGAGCUGAAUCAGCUCACAGUGUUCCUGGAGACUGAAAAGGAGAACGCGAGGACCACAGCAGAGCUGUCCAAAGCGCUGGAGUCCACACGCGCCCACCUGCAGGGCCAGCUGCGCAGCAAAGAGGCCGAGAACAACCGCCUGGCCGUCCAGAUUCGGAAACUGGAGCGCGCGGUGGUGCAGCGGCAGGGCGAGGCGGACCAGCUGCACGCGCAGCUGCGGCAGCUGAGGCAACGGGGCGACGGCGACAAGGAGGCCCUGAAGCGGUCGACGCGCGUGCAGAGAGAGCGGGCGGAGCGCAGCGAGGACGCAGCCGGACAGCUGACUGCGCAGCUGCUGCAGAAGGAGGCCCACCUGGCCGACGCCCUGGCUACAGCAGAGGCCUUCCAAAACCGCCAUGCUCAGGAAGCACAGGAGAGGAGCCGGCUGGAGGUGGAAGUGACCGUUCUGAACAGGCGAGUUCCAGGGCUGCACCUGCAAGACCAUCCAGCCAAUUCCAGUCGGAGAGGGGCUCUGGACCGGCUCCACGCCCUCACCUCCGAAGCACGCCCUCGACUGAGCGAGCCUGAAGCUCCACAGGCCACUCAGUCAGCAGUAGAGGAGAAGCUGUCUCUGUCUCAGUCUGAGCUGCAGCAGGUGAAGAGCUCAGUCAAACAGUAUGAGAGCCUUCUGGAGAGCUACAAGAGCCAGGUGCAGAAGGCCCGGACGGACGCGGAUGACUACAGGCUGCAGCUGGAGCGGGCGGGGCAGGAGGCGGAGUCCCUGCGGGGGGAGGUGGGGCGGGAGGUGGAGGCGGUGCGGGCGGGGCUGCUGGGCCGCCUGCGGGAGCUGGAGCCGCUGCCGGAGGCGCUGAAGAGGGCGGAGCUGCAGCUGCGGGAGGAGCAGGCCCUCGAGCGCGAGCAGGAGAGGCGGCUCGCCGAGCACAGCAGAGCCCUCGCCGAGCUGCGGCUCAAGGUGGAGCAGCAGGGGGUGCAGCUGGACGCGUCCCGGGGGAAGAAUCUGGCGCUGCAGGAGGAGAACAAGCAGCUGCAGCACCAAGUGGAGAGUCUGGAACGGAAGCUGAGCGAGGCGAGCGCGCAGAACAGAGACCUGGUGCUGGUGGUCUCCAAGCGCGAGGACGCCGUCCGCGAGCACCAGCUGCGGCUGGAGGAGAAGUCGCGCGAGUGCGGCGCCCUGGUGCGCCAGCUGGAGGAGGCGCUGGACGACGCGCGGCGCCAGGUGGCGCAGACGCGGGAACGGGCCACCUCUAAGGAGCGCACCGCCCAGUCCAAGGUCCUGGAGCUGGAGACUCAGCUGAGCCGAACCAAAACCGACCUGAACCAGCUGCGCCGGGACAAGGAGGAUGCGGAGAGGCGGUUCCAGAGCCGGCUGCAGGACGUGAGAGAUCGGCUGGAGCAGUCGGACAGCACCAACCGCAGCCUGCAGAGCUACGUCCAGUUCCUCAAGGCCUCCUACGCACACGUGUUCGGAGACUCCGCCCUCACCAGCUCCGCCCUGCGAGCCCCCUCCCCAGUCUGACCAGGCUCCGCCCCUCACCAACUCCACCCCUGCGAGCCCCCUCCCCAGUCUGACCAGGCUCCGCCCCUCACCAGCUCCACCCCUGCGAGCCCCCUCCCCAGUCUGACCAGGCUCCGCCCCUUCAGCCACCAUCUCUUUCAAAGACAUAUUCAUACCAAACCCUGUAUGGCACUGUUACUCUCCCUCUCUAGCUUGACUUUAUUUAUACUAUGUGCUAUACAGCAGGUUUCCUCAGUCCCGGGCCUAGAGAGUAGGGUGGCUGGUUUUGGUAUUUUCACCUUAGAAAUCAGCAAUAAAUUCAGAUCCAGGAAACCAGGGGAGGUGAGUUAGCUGUGUAAUCGACUGCUUUGGUCUGAUGGACUAAGUAGCGAGUACCAGCGAAACCAGUGAACUCUGCAGCUCCCCAGGGCUGGGUUUGAGGACCCCUGCUGUGCUGUGUUUAGUCCAUCCCAGUUAUACAUGAAGUACUUACAAUUAUACGAGUAUAAAAAUUACGUUUACAGACUUUUGAGAAAGACAUAUAACCUUUUUUUAUCAUGAUUUAAUUUGAAAUCAUUUUAUUUAUUUAUUUAUCGCAGUGUUCUUGAAAGCAAUUUAUAGGGUCUUUUUUAAAAAGAUGUAAAACCUUCCAUGGUAUUAUAAAAGUGUGCUAUUAUGGAAGGAUUUCCAAAGCCCUACAGGGGUCUGUGCUGUGUGGAAGUCCUCCACGGGUGCUAUCUGUUUUGAUACCAUUGACAUAAAUUCAGGUUCAUUAUUUAUAUUUGCAGUAUCUAUGGUUUUGCUUUUAAAUAUUCAAGCUUUGACUUAAGUUGUUGAUUUAUGUUUGAAAAAAAAGAAGGAGGUUCAGUACUGUAAUACGAACGCAGUAUCCGCAAAGCUACAUGUCGAAGAUAAUGACUGUCACUGUUUCUGUGCUUCAAUUUAAUUACAUGAGAUUUUUAUUGAGAUAUUCUAGUUACAGUACAUAGAAUUUAUUUAGAAAAAUGAAUUUAAAUGCAAUAAAGUAAGUUUCAAUAAUUAAA